AUGGAGACUCAAGCAGGCCGGCCGGAGCCAUCCGGUUUCCGCAGCAAGCGUCCACGGAAAGCCGCCCAGUGGAUCAACCCUCUGCUGCGGUUCCUGCAGCUAGCAGCUGCAGUUUCCGCCUUCCCUGUGAUGAUCCGCGCAGGGGCAGGACUGCUGUGGUUCUCCAACUGGCAGGCCUUCUCGUUCCUUAUAGCGGGGACGGUUAUAGCGGGGUUCUGGGCACUGCUGAUGCUGAUUCUGGACUGCUUCCUGGCAGCUUCUGGGAAGCUGCUUCACUCGACAGCUCUGCUCUGGGCAAUUGUGAUUGGUGACUUUGCCGCUCUCUCCAUUGCCCUCAGUGCUGGUGCUGCCACUGCUAAUCUCACCACACUCAACGACCAGGGCCUGCCACGACGCCUUUUGAGGCGCCUCAAAAGACCACACUCAACGACCAGGGCCUGCCAGGACGCCCCUUCAUCUGCACGGGGUCAACACCUUCUGUGCUCGCACCAAGGCAUCCCCCCUCCAUGCCAUGUCCCCCUCCCCCCUCACAGAUCGCUCUCUCUAUGGCUCUCUCUGCAGGACGUCCCUUCAUCUGCACGGGGUCAACGCCCUUCAACACCUUCUGUGCCUGCACCAAAGGAUUCCUCUUUCUGUGUUUCCACUCCCCAACCCCUCUUCCCUGUCUCCACACCUGUCCUGCAGAUCGCUCUCUCUAUGGCUCUCUCUGCCGGUGCUGCCACGGCUGCCUUGACCACCCUCAACGAUCAGGGUCUGCCAGGACGUCCCUUCAUCUGCACUGGGUCAACUCCCUUCAACACCUUCUGUGCCCGCACCAAGGCUGCUGCAGCCAUGGCUCUCAUCUCCGCUGCUUUCUUCCUGCCCUCGCUGCUACUUAGUGGUGCUAGACUAGCGUCUGAGUAUUACGAAGAGGAGGAUUAG